AUGGCUGCUUCUCCUUCUGAUGUUAUCAACCCUGCUUCUGCUUCUCAGCUUCACAAUAUCAACAUGUCGAAUGUUACUAAACUCACCGCUUCCAACUUUUUGAUGUGGAACCGUCAGGUUCGUGCCUUACUUGCGGGUUACGGUCUUGCGGGGUAUCUUGACGGCACCACGGCUGCACCGGAAGCUACUGUGCGACAGGGUGAGACCAUGAUCACUAAUCCAGAGUAUAUUCUUUGGGAACGGCAAGAUCAACUUAUUGUUGCUAGCCUUGUCGGUGCGAUCUCGAUUGAGAUCCAACCCAUGCUCUCCAAGGCUUCCACGACGGCGGAGAUCUGGAGCCUUCUCUCCUCAACGUACGCUAAGCCGACGUGGGGACAUAUCAAACAGCUUCGAGAACAAAUCAAACAGUGGCGGAAGGGUUCUCGGAGUGUUGAUGAGUACAUUCAGGGCUUGGUCGCUCGUUUCGAUCAACUUGCAACUCUUGGUAAGCCCUAUGAACACGAAGAACAGAUUGAAUAUCUGCUUGGUGGUCUCUCGGAGGAUUAUAAGCCUCUUAUUGAACAGAUUGAAGGACGGGAUACUCCUCCUUCCAUGCCUGCUCUUCAUGAGAAACUCAUUAAUUAUGAGCUGAAACUUCAAGCACAAGUUUCUGCCUCAUCCGUGGUUCCUGUCACGGCCAAUGCGGCGUUUUACAAGUCUUCUGGUAACAAUAACUCCUCACGUUCGAAUCGCUCUGCUUCGCGUGGCUCUCAACAGCAGUCUGCUCGUGGCUCCAAUGGCAAAGGCUAUCAGGGUCGCUGCUUUCCUUACAUUGAAUUGGUGGGUGAGGAUUGA